GUGGGAUUAACAGUGCACUCUCUGUUUUUGGACCCCGCCUACCAACAAUGGCGGCCAAACCCGCCCACGGCGUACUACGGAAGUUGACGUAGUCUGUUUUCGUAAUCUUGGGGUCUUUUGUACUACUACUACCACGCAGCAGGACAACAGGAAGCAUGUUCACAGAGGUGUUGAUUGGUCUGGUCCUUGGAGGGGUCAUCAUCUUGCUGCUUCUCAGAAGGAGGAGCCAUGUUUUGAAGUCCGAGGAUGGCUGGUGGGGGGUGGGUCCAGUCCCUGAUGGCGAGCAGGACACCAGCAUCCAGCCCUUCACGGUGACCACCAGCGAUGGAGAGUUGGAGGACUUACGCAGGAGACUAGAGCAGACGCGUCCAGUUCCCUCGUUGGAAGACAGCCAGUUCCAUUACGGUUUCAACUCCAGGUACCUGGAGGAGGUGGUCUCCUACUGGAGACAUGACUUUGACUGGAGGAAACAAGUGGACAAACUGAACCAGUACCCACACUUUAAAACCAACAUUGAGGGCAUUGACGUUCAUUACGUGCACGUGAAACCCAAGCGGGUGCCAGAGGGAAGCAGUGCGAUCCCUUUAAUAAUGGUGCACGGCUGGCCUGGAUCCUUCUAUGAGUUCUACGGGAUGAUCCCGCUGCUGACGGAGCCGUCAGACCCCCAGGGACUUGUGUUCGAGGUGGUGUGCCCGUCCAUACCCGGCUACGGCUUCUCGGAAGCGCCACAUAAGAAAGGGUUCGAUUCGGUGUGUGCUGCUCGCAUCUUCCACAAACUGAUGCGGCGCCUGGGCUUCCAGCAGUUCUACGCCCACGGAGGAGACUGGGGGUGGCUCGUCACCACCAACAUGGCUCAGCUGGAACCCAAGAUAGUCAAAGGCUUGCAUGUCAACUUUGCCCCAGCUGCCAAGCCUGGGCUGACCGUGACUUUAUCAAUCCUCCUUGGCCGCCUCUUCCCCAAGCUGUUUGGAUUCACCAGCAUGGACCUUGAGCGCAUUUACCCCUGCAUGCAGAAACUGUUUGUGGAGUCAAUCAAAGAGACUGGCUACAUGCACAUCCAGGCCACCAAGCCCGACACCGCAGGUCGAGGACUGAAUGACUCACCAGUGGGUCUGGCAGCGUACAUCCUGGAGAAGUUCUCCACAUGGACAAGUCAGAACUUUAGAACCCUGGAAGAUGGAGGACUCACAAGGAAGUUCUCUCUGGACGACCUGCUGACGAACGUAAUGAUCUACUGGACGUCAGGCUGCAUCGUUCCCUCAAUGAGGUUUUACAAGGAAAACUUUGCCAAUGGCCUCAAUCAGCCACACGUGAAUAUCCCGGUCUACGUGCCCACUGGAUUUGCCAGCUUCCCUAACGAGCUGAUGCACACCCCCAAGUUGUGGGUCCAACAGAAAUUCCGUAACCUCCUCACCUACACACCCAUGGCUCGUGGGGGUCACUUCGCCGCCAUGGAGGAACCCCAGCUGAUGGCUGAAGACAUCAACAACUUCAUCAGCAAAGUCGAGAAGAUGAAGGCGCAUUAGAGGUUAGACUGAGGGUGUGGUCAAUGUGAAGGAUUAUCCAUUUUUAUAAUUAUCAUUCAUUAUGAUUUGUGAUUAGAGAUGCUUGGUAUUGGCUUUUUAAAAGGCAUCCGAUAUUGUCAAACGCUUCAUUUCCGAUACCGAUAUCAACCGAUACCAAUUUAGGCAGCAGCUCUUCCCUGUAAUUACCUGUACUACAGUGUGCACUGUAUAUACAAAAUAUUUUGCAAAAUAAACCUCUCUUUUUCAAAAUCAACCCAAAUAGUGCAACAUUACAAUAAGAUUUAAGAGUGCAACGAUAUAAUAAAGAGACGAUAAUAUUCAGGAAAACCAGCAGUCAUUCGCUUUUCAAUGAUUCGUUCAUGACUCACAUUUACAUACACUGGAGCCAGUGAGACUCCGGUCUUCGUAAAGUACCCAUGAAUCAGUGAAACUCAAGUAGACAUCGGUGACCAAUGAAUCAGUGAGACUGAAGUCUGCGCAGCGUACCCGUGAAUUAGUGAAACUCAAGUCUUCGUCAGUGUCGAUGACCAACGAGUCAGUGAGACUCGAGUCCUCAUGGAGCACCCGUGAGUCAGUGAAACUCCAGUCUUCAUUGACGUCGAGGACCAAUGAGUUACCAAGUGAGACUCGAGUCUUGGUGGACUACCCGUGAAUCGGUGAAACUGAUGUCGACAAAGAUGACCAUUGUGUCAGCCAAACUUGAGCUUUCAUCAAGGUUGAUGACCAAUGAGUCACUGAGACUCGAGUCUUCGGGUGGUACCCGUGAAUUAGUGAAACUCAAGUCGACAUCAAUGACCAAUGAGUCAGUGAGACUCGAGUCUUCAGGUAGUACCCGUGAAUUAGUGAAACGCAAGUCGACAUCGAUGACCAAUGAGUCAGUGAGAUUCGAGUCUUCAUGGAGCACCCGUGAGUCAGUAAAACUCGAGUCUUCAAUGACGUCAAGGACCAAUGAAUUACCGACUGUAACUCAAGUCUUGGUGGAGUACCCGUGAAUCGGUGAAACUGAAGUCGACAUCAAUGACCAUUGUGUCAGUGAAACUUGAGUUUUCAUCGAGGUUGAUGACCAGUGAGUCAGUGAGACUUUAUUUUUCGCAGAGUACCAGUGAAUCAGUGAAACUCAAGUCUACAUCAAUGACCAAUGAGUCAGUGAGACUCACGUUUUCUUCGACCUCGAUGACCAAUGAGUCAGUGGGACUCGAGUUUUCACUGAGUACCCCCGAAUUAGUGAAACUUGAGUCUUCAUCGACGUCGAUGGUCAGUAAGGCUCAAUUUUUAGGACGACUACAAUUGAACAAUAUUGAGAGCUAAGAGGUGCUGGACGUUAUUUCUAUUAUGGAUAUAAUGUCAGUCUCAUCAUUAAGGUGCCUUAGUAUGACGUCUUCAUGCAUGGAAGACAUUUCGUAAUUAAAUGUAAUCCGACUUCAGCCUGCAUAUUUUAUUAAUUACUAAAAUGUAAUUUCAUUCAUUAAAAAUAUAUAUAUAUAUAUAUAUAUAUAAUUGUUUUUUUAAUUGUCAUUAUUUAACGUCUCUGCUUCACUGAUCACCAUUAUAUUAACCAAUCAGAAGCCAGACCCGUUAGUGCUUAAAGUAAACUGAUAUGAAAUAUACCACACACACAACACACUUCUGAUGUUUUGCAGUAAAAUACUAUUAAUUCAUGAAAGCAGCUUACCGUGACACUGUUUUUGUGCAUAGCAUCGUAAAGACAAUAAAAGGAAUUGAACAAAAGAACAUACUGUAUAUUCAUUUUAGAUAAUUGAUGUUUAUCGAGAAGCCUAUUAGCAUUUUUGUGACGUCACGUCAGGCUAUGCCGCUAAAAUUGCUUAUUACAGUGGAUGCCUGUAGAUCUUUAUACGGGGGUUUCCUGCUAGGGCCACCAGCGAAUGCCCACAUUUUUAUUUGACCAAAAAUCUGCAGAUUUGCAAGGCCGUGAGCGCUGAAACGCGAAUGCGCGGGGAUCCACUUUUUUUUUUUUUUGCAAUGUAAGUCAUCGUCGAGGCAGCACUAACAUCACUUUUGCUCUUACAACACCACCCCAUGACUAAAACCGUAUGAACCGUUUGAAAGCCCAAACGUCCAGCAUCUGUUUAUGCUUCCCCCUGCUGGUGUUUAUAGUUUGUACCUUCCUCCAAGCCUCCCAUCAGCCUUGCAGGCCAGCAGCUGCAGGUUGGAGGUCAGUGGGCUCUUGGUGUUAUUGUGUUGACAGCCCAGAGAAGACACCAGGCAUUCCUCCAACUGAUAACACCAUGCUGCACCUCUGCCAGUCAUACCUUUUGGAAACGUUCAAAUAAUUGCUUAUGAUAGUUCACAUUAGUCACACAUCAAUCACAGAUUCAAAUUUGCGAUUCAGCAUUCACAUUUUGGUUCCUUUUGUUUUCAUAAUGAACAUUUUAAAACAGUGGAAAUCGACCGGUAUUUUCAAAGUCUGUCAUUUUUUUUAUGAUUGAAGUGAUCUGAAUGUACAUGGUAUUUGUAAAUAUUAGAUCAUAUUUUCUGUAUUGACCGAGCAAAUAUACAGAAUGUAGCAUUUUGACAUAACAAGUAUAAGAAAUAUGAUGAUGAUACAAAUGGAAUAAAAUCAAUUAUUGCACAUUGA